AUGGUCCAGACUAUGAAGCGCCGAAGACCCAUCGCGUACUUGCUGGUUGCAUCUGCUCUUUAUCUGGGCCUCACCACCUUCGUCCCUAGCAGCGCACCGCGCGUGGCGCCCCGCACCGCGGAGACGUCGAGGUUGACGGUGCGCGGGACGCAGGUGGAGGUUUUGGAGGACAAGAAGGAGGAGUCGGAGGAUGCAUUCGCCAAGUUCAUCGACCGCUGGAGCACCAACGGCGGACUGCUUUUGGGAUCCGUGAUCUUCAUCGGCCUUGGUAUCGGCCUCGAGAAAUUCCUGGAGCUCUUCCUGGAUUGGACCAAGGCUGGUAUGGCCAUCACCUUCAUGUACUCGGCCGGCCUCAUCAUCUGGCUCUCCCAGUACCUUUGGCGAGUCGAAAACAAGCAGACGACCUAUGCUCAGCAACUGACACGCUACGAGCAGGAAGUGAUGAUCCGACGGCUCUCGGAGCUCACGGACGACGAGAUCGAAGCCCUCUGUGCC